UGUGAUAUUAGCAUCGUUUACUCACAUUGGUGAUGUAGUUUUUCGACAAUUUUUAAUUUUAUUUUACUUUACUUGCGAAAUAUUUUGUACAAUUCCUGCUCUUGUUUAUCAGGAUCAGUAUUCAUUCAUUUUGUGAUAGAUAGCUAGCGUUUGUUUUGUAACACGUAUUUCUUUAGUUUAAAGCGUUGACCAUGUAGGUUAGAUUAGAUGUUCAUCAUGUGUUGUAACGUUACUCUGAGUUCAUUAACUUACAGUUAGCUGGUUUGUUCGUUAGCAAAACAACUAAACGUCUGCCUUGCAUGGUUUUCCUGUCAUCCGGGUUAAAACAGACUUGUGUUUUAAAAUGCGUGGGGUGUAUGUAAGUGUGUGUUAAUGUACCUGCGAUGCCCAUUAAUUUCUAAAAUGUAUAUAGCCUUUAUUUUGUAGUGUAGUUUAUUUGUGUAGCGACGAACUUCUGUGACCAUGUCUUCUGAACCUGAACAGUCAUCCCUGCGUUUUGGGCAGGUUGUUAUUGGGCCACCUGGUUCAGGUAAAACCACCUACUGCCGUGCAAUGCAAGAGUUCUUGAGCCACUUGGGCCGCAAAGUGGUUGUUAUAAACCUGGACCCUGCAAACGAGGGACUGCCAUAUACAUGUGCUGUGGACAUAUCAGAGCUGGUCACCCUUGAUGAUGUAAUGGAGGGUCUGAAACUAGGCCCUAACGGUGGUCUUAUUUACUGUAUGGAAUACUUGGAGGCCAAUUUGGACUGGCUGGAGGGUAAGCUGAAGAAGCACCAUAAUUACUACUUCCUUUUCGACUGUCCUGGCCAAGUGGAGCUUUACACUCAUCAUAGCUCAGUCAGAAAUAUGUUUGCCCAGCUGUCCAAGUGGAACUUCAGGGUGGAACUACCUCAUGUCAACGUUCUCUCUAAGAUGGACCUUAUUGAGCAGUAUGGCAAGCUGGCUUUCAACCUUGAUUUCUACACGGAGGUUAUGGACUUGUCAUACCUGGUGGAACAUCUGGCUGCGGACCCGUUCUUCAAGAAAUUCCAUCGUCUGAAUGAGAAGUUGGCUGAGGUGAUUCAGGACUACAGCCUGGUGUCUUUUGUACCUCUGAAUGUGCAGGAUAAGGAGAGCAUGAUGCAAGUCCUGCGUGCAGUUGACAAGGCCAAUGGCUACUGUUUUGGUGACUUGGAGGAAAGGAAUCUCCAGGCCAUGAUGUCUGCUGCUGUGGGUGCAGAUUUUCAGUUCACCUCAACUCUCGGAGUGCAAGAGAAAUAUGUAGAACCCAACAAAAAGACUUUGGAAGAAGAGGUUAUGGACUUGUAACUGUCUUUACUAAUAAAAGCCUAAUCUUACUGCUUGGUAUUGACCAAUCUGAUUUUCUUAAACAGACAAACCUUUCAGUGUUUUAAGGAAAGGUAAAUUUCAACAGGUAAACAAUGGAAGCCAAAGAACACACUGUCAGCAGCUACCAUAGUUCUUUUUAGUCUGAUGACUUGUAUUUUACAGGAUAUAUUUCAGUUAUACAAGUUAGAUUUUUUUCAAUAAAAUAAAUGUGUAUUCUCAUUUAA